AUGGUGAGUGUGGUCGCUGCCCAUUUGAAGACAUCACUGGCCAAAUAUCUGUCAUCCUCUACCGAUACCCCGCUAAGGGCAGAAGAGGGCCUAGAGGACAGUAGUGACGGGAGGGAGGAGGUCCAGCGGCAGAGCCGGCACAGCCAGAGGCACCAGAGCCGGGGACAGCAGCCCGACGAGGUGGCCCAGUGGUGGGGAGAGUGGAGCAGCUGGUCCACCUGCUCCAGGACCUGUGGAGGAGGGGUGCGCUCUCAGGAACGACACUGUCUGCAGCAGAGACUCACUGCCACACAGAACAUCAACAGUUCCUUCUGUGUCGGAUCUCCGAAGCAGUAUCAGCUAUGUCCAUUUCAGCCCUGCGUCAGUACCAGUGUUAGCUUUAAGCAGCAGCAGUGCUCCCAGUUCAACGCCAAAGCCUUCGGCAGGAGACACUAUGAGUGGGUGCCCCUCUAUCCAGAUGACUACAUCAGUAUCUCCAACAAGCCGUGUGACCUUCAGUGCACCAGCACCACAGGGGAGAGGCAGCUGCUGGUCCCUGCCCACGACGGAACCUACUGCCGGGACGGCAUCUACCAGGGCGUCUGCAUCGAGGGCCAGUGUCAGACGGUGGGUUGUGACGGGAAGCUUUACUCCAGUAAAACAGUAGAUACGUGCGGCGUGUGCGGCGGGAAUGGCAGCUCCUGCUACAGAGUGUCUGGAUCUCACCGGAAAGGGAGCACACAGUUAGGUUAUGUGUUUAUCACCAACAUUCCUGUUGGUGCCACCGACAUCCAGAUCAUUGAGAGACGGAAAACCGAAAAUAUACUGGCCCUAUCCGAUGAAGCAGGACACUUCUUUUUCAAUGGGAACACAAUUAUCGACAAUCCCCGUAACUUCCGUGUUGCUGGCACAGUCUUCAAGUACAGGAGACCCGCUAACCUCUUAUCAGAUGGAUUUGAGUACAUCAUCGCCCAAGGACCCACUGACCAGGGGCUAAACGUCAUGUACUACAACCUGAAUGGAAAGAUGCCCCACAUCACAUACGAGUACACCGUACCUCGCACCCCAGAAGCCCGCACAACAACCCCAGUAGCCUCACCUCCAGAGGAGGUCCAGAUACGAGCACUGUCCGUUGUCGAACCAGCGGUCCCAGAACCAUGGCCCCUGGUGGCCCAAGAAACAAUAGCCAACGCCACUGCCACUGAACUCUCCUUCAAUGAUAAUGAGAUUGAGGCCAGCGAGGACUAUGGGAAGCUGGGAAACCACAGUGGUGUUCUGGUCCCGGACGAGCCUCCAGAUGUAGACCAUGACCUGGAUCAUGACCAUGAAGGUCUUGUGUGGGAACUACAGGCUCCUCUCAACCUCAGUCGACCUCCAGCCAUGCUGGUGUUCAGACCAGCCAGUGAGAUCUACCACAACAACCUGGAGAAUAAGCUAGGAGACCAGGGACAUCCUGCACCUGCUAACUACAGGACAGACUCAAACUUGAUCGAUGGCGACUCUCCCGGUCCCAAUGGCACCCACCGACCAUCCAAGCCCCUCCACAGGAGCCUGUUCCUGGACCUGGUCUCUGAGCCAGGUGGCUUCAGACAACCCUGCCAGGAUGGCUCCAACCUCUGCCCUCUCCUGGAACUCAACACCAGCUCCUCCCUGGACAACAGCCUGGCCCAGCUGGAGAUCUACCCAGGCAGCCUCAACCUCCACGAGGCCACGGCUGAGGACAGCGCCCCCUAUGGACUCCUUUUCCAACCAGAGCCCAACGGGACAGAGAGUUCCAACCUCGUCAACCUCCACCAGGUAGAGCCGGUACAGGCCCCCGACACAGAGAGCAGCAAUGAGUUUGAGGUGGGAUUGCUAGACCGUGACAUCAGCCUUGCUGACAUGUACAGAUGGAAGGUAUCUGCGUAUGCACCCUGCAGCUCAACAUGUACCACAGGUAUCAGCACGUCCUACGCCCUGUGCGUCCGGUAUGACGGCUCUGAGGUGGAUGAGACUUACUGUGACGCCGUGACCAGACCUGAACCCACACAUGAGUUCUGCACCGGGAAGGAGUGUCCACCCAGGUGGGAGACCAGUCGGUGGAGUGAGUGUUCGAGGACGUGCGGCGAGGGAUACCAGUUCCGUACAGUGCGCUGCUGGAAGAUGAUGGCUCCAGGCUUCGACAGCUCUGUGUACGACGAGCUGUGUGUGGCUGCAGAGCUGCAGAAACCAAUGGCACGCAAGGCCUGCAAGAGCAAAGGCUGUGGCCCACAGUGGGAAGUCUCUGACUGGUCUGAGUGUUCCGCUCGGUGUGGGGGACGUGGUUUGAGGAGUCGGGAGGUGCGCUGCUCCAUGGAGACACGUCUGUGUAACGAAUCCUCGCGGCCACUCAGCGAGAAGGAGUGUGAGGGACCGCCCUGUGACCGCAGGUGGACUGUUUCGGACUGGGGCCCUUGUUCAGGGGCCUGUGGCGAGGGCAGGAUGACGCGCUACGUGGCGUGCAAGAACAGCAACGGCAACGUGAUCUCUGACGGCCAGUGCGACCUGGACCUCAAGCCCCUGGCCGUGUACCCCUGUGGGGACAAGAACUGCCCCGCGCACUGGGUGGAACAGGAGUGGGAACAGUGUAACACCACCUGUGGGCGGGGGGUGAAAACGCGGCAGGUGGUGUGUUCAGGCCUGGAGGACGGCGUGUUCAAGGAGUUCCACGGGCAGACGUGUGACUCCGCCCUCAAACCCGAGGAGAGCUCCGCCUGCUUCCAGAGGCCCUGCUCCAAGUGGUUCACCACUUCCUGGUCUCAGUGCAGUAAGACAUGUGGCAGCGGGGUGCACGUUCGGGAGGUGAAGUGCUACCAGGGGGAGGAGCUAGGCCACAGCUGUGAUUCCGCCCUCAAACCUGAGGCCGGGCAGACGUGUGAGGUGCAGGCCUGUCCCACAGAGGCCCCAGUUGAAGAGGUGUGUCAGGACAAGGCUACGGCCAACUGUGCCCUGGUGCUGAAGGUGAAGCUGUGUACACACUGGUACUACAGGAAGGCCUGCUGCCAGUCCUGUAAGAGCAAGGCCCCGUAAGGGCCAGGGGCCACAGGCCAGGGGCCCGCACUCACAA